GCGUCGGCGCCGCAAAACGUGUCUUCAAAUGCCUCGUUUGGUUGCAGUUUACCCAUGUGGGUCCAAUGUUGACUUGCUGUGAAGUAAAGUUGUGGUGUUAACUCCAUAAACUGUUGUUGAUUGAGCCGAAACGCCGCUUUUGAAGUUUCACCAUGUCUUCGUCUUUCUUUAUAAAGAAAAAAGGAAACCCUAAAAUAAUGAAAAAGGGGAAAAAUACAGCGGGGCCAAAACGCAAGGGCGAUGUGGAUUUGGGUAAAAACAGCAAAGUUCCAGCGAAGAAACCAUCGAAAUAUAAUGACGAGAUAUCCAGUGACUCUGAGCCAGAGAGUCCUGCAGCUCUCAGGAAAAGGCAAUCCAAAGAAGAACACGAGUUUGAUGAAACGCCACAGGAGAAGAAGCUUAGAUUAGCCAAACUUUACCUCGAUCAGCUAAAGGAAGAAGAGGAGAAGAAAGCAGAGGAUGACUCCUUUGAGACUGAUCUAAUUGCUGGAAGACUUCAAGAAGAAGUGCUUGAACAAAAAGGACUGCUUCAGCGACUUAUUGCUAAAGAACUCAUGCCCCCUGAUGCUUCAGAGAUCAGACUGUUAAGAGGACACAAACUCCCAAUCACCUGUCUGGUCAUCUCCUCUGAUGACAAGUACAUCUUUUCUGCUGCUAAAGACUGCUCUAUCAUCAAAUGGGAUGUUGAGAGUGGGAAGAAACUCCAUACAAUACACGGUGGAAGGAAAGGCACAGAAGACCGGCAUGUUGGACAUACAGCACACAUCCUGUGUAUGGCUAUAUCAUCGGAUGGAAAAUACUUGGCCACUGGAGACAUGAACAAACUGAUCAUGAUCUGGGAGGCAGAAACAUGUAAACAUCUUUAUAAAUUCACAGGACACAAAGGCCCAGUGUCGGGUCUUUCAUUUAGGAAAGGAACUCAUGAUCUCUACAGUGCCUCCCAUGAUCGCUCCAUUAAAGUGUGGAAUGUGGAUGAGAAUGCCUAUGUGGAAACUCUAUUUGGGCAUCAGGACGCAAUUACAGGACUGGACAGCCUGAGCCGUGAGCGCUGUGUGACAGCAGGAGGGAGGGACCGCUCAGUGAGGGUGUGGAAGAUAGCUGAGGAAUCUCAGCUGGUGUUUCAUGGCCAUGAGGGUUCCAUAGAUUGCAUUCAGCUAAUAAAUGAAGAGCACAUGAUAACAGGAGCUGAUGAUGGCUCCGUGUCUCUCUGGAGCGUCAACAAGAAGAAGCCUCUCAGCACAGUGAAACAGGCUCAUGGUAACCAUGGUGACGUGGGAUUGGAGCAGCCUCACUGGGUCGCUUCGGUGGCAGCGCUUCAGAACUCAGAUACCGUCGCCUCAGGUGCUUCCGGCUGUUCACACAACUCUGUGGUGCAGCUGUGGAAGUGUGGAGAGAAGUACCGGAGGCUGGAGCCUCUAUUCAGCGUACCACUGCCUGGCUUCAUCAACAGUCUCAAGUUUUCCAGCAGCGGGCAGUUCUUGGUGGCAGGAGUCGGACAGGAGCACAGGUUGGGCCGAUGGUGGAGAAUAAAAGAUGCCAAAAAUGGGAUCUAUGUUAUUCCACUGAAAAGGAAACCACCUAUUCCAGAGGAAGCCAAGGUGGAUGAAUAGUGGACUGCUUAAUGUCUUUUAUUUUUAUAAUUUAAAGUGUAUCUUUUUUUUGUUUAUCUUCCUUUAUAUGAAAAGAAUCUGCAGAUAUUUUCAAAUGGAACAAAUAUUAAAGCAAUUUGUUCAUAAAUGA